GUCCGCGGCUCUCUCCCCGUCUCAGCAACAUUUCCAUUCAUACACCCGGCGCUCCUUUUCAGACCCUUUUUCUUCUUAAAUAACUCACUGUCAACAUCAUUGGAGAACGGACGGGACUAAUUACAUAGAAUCUGGCGUUCUUCUAUCGAGAGAAAAGAAAGAAGAAGAAAAUAGAUCCGACGAAACCCGCAGUGACAAAAAAAACGACAGGGCCCAUUGGACACUGAGCACCCUUGGGCCUGUCUGUCAAGUAGACAUGUUUCAAACUGUCCCUGACACGUCGUCAUACGUCAAGGAGGCGCUAUCAGUGGUGAGUGAAGACCAGUCCCUAUUUGAGCCUCCGUACGCUGCUGCCGCCCCUCUCCCCAAGACAGACAUGACUGCAUCUGGCACACAGGACUACGGCCAGACCCACAAAAUCAACCCCUUACCCCCACCGCAGGAGUGGAUCAACCAGCCGGUGCGGGUCAACGUCAAGAGAGAAUAUGAACACAUGAAUGGAUCCAGCAGGGAGUCUCCAGUGGACUGCAGUGUGGGUAAAUGCAAUAAGCUCGUGGGGGGUAACGACACAUCUCAGAUGAACUAUGGAAACUACAUGGAUGAGAAGAAUGCCCCUCCCCCCAACAUGACCACCAAUGAGCGGAGAGUCAUUGUACCUGCAGACCCCUCCUUGUGGUCCCAGGACCACGUGCGCCAGUGGCUGGAGUGGGCCAUCAAGGAGUACGGCCUGGUAGAGAUCGACACGGCCAUGUUUCACAACACGGACGGCAAAGAGCUCUGCAAGAUGGGCAAGGACGACUUCCUUCGGCUCACCACCAUGUACAACGCCGAGGUGCUUCUCUCUCAUCUCAAUUACCUCAGGGAAAGCAGCUCAUCGUUAUCCUACAACACGCCGUCUCACACAGACGCAUCCCCACGUCUGGUUGCCAAAGAGGACCCUUCGUAUGAUGCUGUACGGCGGACAGGAUGGUCAAACAACAUGCACAGUGGCAAAGGUUCCCCGGUGGUUACUCAGAAUGUGACCAAGUCCACUGAGCAGCCCAGACCUCAGCCAGAUCCGUACCAGAUUCUGGGUCCCACCAGUAGUCGCCUCGCCAAUCCAGGUUCAGGUCAGAUCCAACUGUGGCAGUUCCUCCUGGAGCUCCUGUCCGACAGCGCCAACGCCGGCUGCAUCACCUGGGAGGGCACCAACGGCGAGUUCAAGAUGACCGACCCGGACGAGGUGGCGCGGCGCUGGGGCGAGCGCAAGAGCAAGCCCAACAUGAACUAUGACAAGCUGAGCCGUGCGCUGCGCUACUAUUAUGACAAAAACAUCAUGACCAAGGUGCACGGCAAGCGCUACGCCUACAAGUUCGACUUCCACGGCAUCGCUCAGGCACUGCAGCCGCACCCCACCGAGUCCUCCAUGUACAAGUACCCCUCGGACCUGGCCUACGUGCCUUCCUACCACGCCCACCAGCAGAAGGUCAACUUUGUAACCCAGCAUCCUCCAUCCAUGCCCGUCACCUCCUCCAAUUUCUUUGGACCCACCGCUCCGUACUGGAGCUCGCCCACUGCAGGCAUCUACCCCAACCCGAAUGUGCCCCGCCACCCUAACACCCAUGUGCCGUCCCACCUGGGUAGUUACUACUAAACAUCCCACUGUGACCAACCACCACCGUCGACAGACACCCACAACCAAGCCUACAAUUGAUGAUCUGCACCUCCAUCGCCUCUCCAACCCGAUGAAGACGGGAGUUAGAGGCUGCGAUGGAAGCAUUUGUCCUCUGAAAAAGAAAAUCUCGCUCCUAAAUGAAGGAUGAUAAAAAUCGAAGGAUUUUUUUUAUUUUAUUUUUAAAUUUCUAUUUGUAAGAAUCUAUAAACAACUGGAUGCUACGGUCCAAAAUGGAAUACUACUUACUUUUACCAGACUAGAAACUAUUCGUUUAUGCUUUUUUGUUGACGCUGCAUCUGAAUUUUCCUACUUUUCAAAAACAUCCCCAAACAGGACGGGAGAACAACUCGAGUCCGUCUCCCUUUCUCGCCACGCUUUCAGUACCAGACAUGGGCCUAUAAUUUAUGGGUCUCAAUCUACAUCCUCCUCAGUACAUUAUGUACAUAACGCUUUAAGCAUCUGACUUUCAUGCUUGUCUACAGCCUUGUUGGGUUUUUUUCUAUUCCCACCACACCUAGCCUUUCGCUUCCACUGUCUCCGCCUGCUCGUCUGUUCAUCUGCAUCUUUUUUUUUUAUGUGUGUGUGGAGAGUCUUCUGGAAUUCGCUGGACAAGAAGGAGCUCUCCAAGAGUUGAACUUUUCUCAGCACUGAAUGAAAUUUGGCAACUGGAAUAUGCCAUUCACCAUUUUAUUUAUCCUCCAAACUGGAAAGCGAGAGAAGAGUUAAAUUCCGGAGAAGGAAGCGCUGUAUGUUUUGCUGGCCUGGGUCAACUCAAUUACUUCAAAUGCUUUCUGUGUGUGCGUGUGUGUGUGUGUGUGUGUGCGUAGCAGCUCGAGAUGGGCGACGCGUACAGUUGGCUCGACUGUGCUGAGGAAGCUGAGUCGAGAUGUAAUUGAAGUAAUUUGCAACGGUAAUUCAACCCAGGUCAGAUGUUUUCAGGGGGCCACACACUAGGCUAUUAAAUGUUUGCCAUGUUGUUGCCUUUCAGCCAUGCCAUUUCCAGAUGUGUUGUUGCUCGACCAUGUCAGUAUUAAUGUGAAUGUCUUCUGGUUUGUGAAACACGUGAAAGGGACACCCUGCAGGAAAAAUCAAAAUUUGUCAGAUGUUUUUAUUUUUGUUUAGUGAAAAUAAUCCUUCAUUUUUAACACCACACACACGUCUGAAUCUAAAACAUGAAAGUGCCUUUUUUUUUUUUUUUGCCGAUGUGAUCACGUAGAUGUUAUCUACACAUUAAGACUGUAUGUUGUUAGGAUGUAUUGUUUUAUCCAAAGUGCCUGACAGUGUAUCCAGUUUUAGUAUAUGGCACAAUGAGAAACCAUACCCCACACAGUGCCUUAACUGCUGUCUUAUAACACAUGUUCUUUUCAUUAUAGACGAAACAAUGCGUAUGAAAUUGUCCCCUCCACGUCUCAACAGAAAUCUGACAAUUUUUGAUUUUGAAGUGCACCCCUGUCAACAACGGCUGCCACAGUGUCUCCUUCUUCUUUGUCGGCCAGUCAGGACCUUGAAAGGUCAGCACAGAGAAGUGGCCGAAGCAGUAAGUCAUGUUUAAAGGUGCAAGAUACGAGAUUGGGAGCAUUUGGAUUGACUCUCAACAUUGUAGCUCACGGUGCUAACAGAGCUAACAGUGCUAACUAUGGCGACACCGGGGGAGGGGUGAGGGGGGGGAGGGGGGUCGGUCGGCAUGACGUCAUCAGCUGUAUUCGUCAUAUGAGCGGUGUGCACUGCAAAGCGACGGGUGCGAGCUAACAAUUGGGGCACGCUCACAUGCACUAAAAGAACUGUCUACAAAGCUAAGCUAAAGCUCUGGUAUCAACGCGCGCAGAGGGAGAGUGACUUCAUUCUCUGCUCAGGUAGACAUUACUCCACUAUAUCUUCACAUAGCAAAUAGUUGUUUGCUGCUAUAUUAAUGCUCUGAAUGUCGUAUAUUGCUCCUUUAAUAGACAGUUAAGUUGUAUUUUACCAGGGCUGGAUCCUAGUUUGAGAGCAGCAUGUGUGUUUAAAUGUUAGUUUCUCACUGAUCUGAAGCCCAGCAAAAUGCACAUGAAUCUCAAGUCAGAAUUUCAUCAUCAUGUAAUAGUAUCAUGUCAAAACAUAUCCAUGUUCAGGUGUUCAAAGCUGUUGAUAGCAAAAGUAUUCCUUUAGAGUAACUGAAAAUGGACACUUGAAAAUAAAUUACUUGGGACUAAGUAGUUUUUCAGAGAACAAAACCAAUAAAGUAUGACGAGAUGAAACAAAGAAAUCCUCAGAUUCGCAAACGCUGUGCGUUUGUCAGACCUAUUUUUUAUUGUUUUAUAAGCAUCAGUCAACUAGGCAUUAAAGCAACUUACUGUAUAAAUUAUGCAGAGUUAUUUUCAUAUGUGACACAGUAUAAAAAGUCAAGAGAAUUAAAACGAGUUGACCUCGGUCAAAAAUGCAAACCUUUAAAGUCCAUUUCUGCUAUUUGUUCAGCAUUUUAAGCGUUUUUAUAUCUGUACAUUUGGGCAAUACAUUUUACAAUUUUGUUAUUGUUAUUAUUUCUGAAAUUCGGUUGUAACAUCCUAAGUGUCUUUAUGUGCACGUGAUAUUUUCUUGUAUUCCCAAAACCACAAACAUGUGCUUGAAUCAUAACCCAACCACCAUAAAUUCCUUCACUUUAUAUGCAACAUGUGAUUAUGAUGAAACUUUUCCAUUGUGAAUCAAGUUUUGUGCCAAAGAGCCCUGGAAUUGAUGGCUUUUCCUGUGCAUUAAAUCAUUUCAGGUAUGUUAUGAAAAACCAAUACAAAGUGUAUCAACAUCCACAACCAGCUUCUCCUGAAAGUUUAUAGCUUUAAAAGACCGAAUAAAAAAAGGGAACUUGUAAUUUGUAGCAUAAAGAAAUUAUUCUAAUGUACCUUUCAUUUCCAUGUUUCACAAGCAUUAUCGAUGAAAAGGGAUCUGUGCUACUUCGUAUAUGCAAUGUAUUUCGGAUAUCAAAUAUAUAUAUAUACAUAUAUAUAUAUGUGUGUGUGUAUAAUUUUACAAUUAACCAAUAUAUUAUUAUUAUUAUUAUUAUUGUCAUUCCUGCAAUGUAUGAAGUAAUACCUUUUGAAAAAGGGCUUUUGUAUAGGAAAACGUGACAAAAUAAAUGUUUUUACCUCUCAA